AUGUUAAGAAAUAAGGUGGAUUUUAUAUUCUCGGAGAUCUUCGACAUCAAGAUGGAGGCAGAUAUUCAAAACCCAGCUCAAGGUUACAGAUUCUGUGUUGAUGGAGUGCACGAGGCCAACAUUAUUGAAUGGAACAAGAAAAGAAAAUUACAAAGUAAUCAAUUGGAUUUGCUUAGACCAAAGCAUAAGUGCUGGGUUGGGAAUUCCUCUUCUGAACAUGCUUUAACGUUUGAUGAAAAUCAAGCAUUAGAGCACAUGCAGGUUUAUGCACUAAAGGAUAGAACAAAUGCAGAAAACUCAGAAUCUGACUCUGUCAAGGACAGCAACUUUUUCUCCGAAGAUUCCAUUACUUCCAUGUCUGUAAAUGAAGGUAAACUUGUCACUGAUUCUGGUAUGACAUGCCAACAUGAUAGGCCUUCCACUUCGGUUGGUUGGAAUGGCUAUAAUGCCAAGGAUAAUCACCACACUAUAGAUGAAUCUGCAGUUGAUAAGGAAUGCACAGGUGAAGCAGACACAUUUGAUGACAAAGAAUGUAAUCCAUCAGAUCAUUAUGCUGAUUUAGAGCCUCUGAAGAGUCUUGAGGAGAAGAUUUUAGAAAUAGAAAGCUGCAGAGUUAACGUGCUCCAAGAAUAUGCCAAAGACAGUACGGAUGAGUCCACAGAUAUGGAAUUUGAAGAUCUUUUUUCUACAGGGGAAACACGUCACAAGUAUGUCCUUUCAUCUGGAAGAUGGAAUGUAAACCAAGAGGCUCAAUCAGGCACAAGGGCACCAACAAUUGAUCAAGAAUUUGAGCAGUACUUUUCCAUGCUUAUGCUUUAG